CGGAAAAAUCUAUUUUUGCCACGUUUUUGCCUCUCUCUCUCUCUCGCUCCGUAACUUGCUUGUCUCUACUGUUUCUCUCUCUCUCACCCAAAAUUCCCUUUCAUUCCCUUCCUUUAUCGUUUUCUUACCGUAGAAGUCUGUCGCCGGGGAGAAUCGGGUCAUCCCCAUGUGCUGCACACUUUGACUUGGUUGCGAUCUGAUACAGCGCCGCGCCCAACUUCUUUUGGGAUGGGGCAGUGCUACGGCAAGACCGACCCAAAGGCCGAGCAUGACGUUACUACUACUGCUACUACUAUUGCCGCCUCCUACAACGAUCGGUCUCAUCAGACGCCUUUACCCUCUGCAAGUGGGACUAAUGGUUCCGUCAACGUGCAGGCGUUAAAGACCACGCCGGCUCGGUCCUCCAAUCCGGGCCCAUGGCCGAGCCCUUACCCUCACGGCGUUUCCGCGAGUCCUCUACCCGGCGGCGUGUCGCCGUCUCCAGGGAGAGGGUCAGCGACUCCAAAGAAGUUCUUCCGGAGGCCUUUCCCGCCGCCUUCGCCCGCUAAGCACAUAAAGGCGUCGCUGGCGAAGCGGCUCGGCCACGCCUCCAAGCCCAAGGAGGGCCCGAUCCCUGAGGAGCACGGAGCCGAGCCGGAACAAGCUCUGGACAAGAGCUUCGGCUACAGCAAGAACUUCGGAGCCAAGUACGAGCUUGGAAAAGAGAUAGGGCGAGGUCAUUUUGGUCAUACUUGCUCUGCUAGAGGCAAAAGGGGGGAGCUUAAAGAUCAGCCUGUUGCCGUGAAAAUCAUAUCGAAAGCAAAGAUGACGACUGCAAUAUCAAUUGAAGAUGUUCGUAGAGAAGUGAAGAUAUUAAAAGGUUUAUCGAGCCAUAAGCAUCUGGUCAAAUUUCACGAUGCAUGUGAGGACACCAAUAACGUGUACAUAGUCAUGGAAUUGUGUGAAGGUGGAGAACUCCUAGACAGAAUUUUAUCAAGAGGAGGAAGGUAUGCAGAGGAAGAUGCAAAAUUUAUAGUUGUGCAAAUUCUAAGUGUAGUUGCAUUUUGUCAUCUUCAAGGCGUUGUGCACCGUGACUUGAAGCCAGAGAAUUUCCUUUUCACUUCUAGAAGUGAAGAUGCAGACAUGAAGCUUAUUGAUUUUGGUCUUUCUGACUUUAUCAGGCCAGAAGAAAGACUGAAUGAUAUUGUUGGAAGUGCAUAUUAUGUUGCACCUGAAGUCCUUCAUAGGUCUUAUAGUCUGGAAGCAGAUAUAUGGAGCAUCGGUGUCAUUGCCUACAUCUUAUUAUGUGGAAGCCGGCCUUUCUGGGCACGGACGGAAUCUGGGAUUUUCCGUGCAGUGAUUAGGGCCGACCCAAAUUUUGAGGAUUUACCCUGGCCUUCUGUGUCUGCAGAGGCCAAGGACUUUGUGAAAAGGCUCCUGAACAAGGAUUACAGGAAAAGAAUGACUGCAGUUCAAGCUCUCACUCAUCCGUGGUUGCGGGAUGAUAGUCGUCCAAUCCCUUUGGACAUAUUGAUCUAUAAGUUAGUCAAGUUGUAUCUUCAUGCUACACCUUUCAAGCGUUUAGCACUAAAGGCUCUCUCAAAAGCUUUGACUGAGGAUGAGCUGGUGUAUCUCAGAGCUCAGUUCACUCUGUUAGAACCAAAUAGGGAUGGCCGCAUCUCCCUUGAAAAUUUCAAAAUGGCUCUUAUGCGAAAUGAAACUGAUGCCAUGAGAGAGUCCAGAGUUCAUAAUAUUAUAAAUGCUAUGGAACCACUUGCUUUCAGAAAGAUGGGAUUUGAAGAGUUUUGUGCAGCUGCAAUCAGCACACAUCAAUUGGAGGCCCUUGACGGGUGGGAACAGAUUGCUUCCACUGCUUUUGAGUACUUUGAACGGGAGGGUAAUCGUAGCAUAUCUGUUGAUGAAUUGGCAAGGGAAUUGAGUCUUGGACCGAGUGCUUAUUCCAUCCUAAAAGAUUGGAUCCGAAACUCAGAUGGAAAGCUUAGUUUACUUGGAUAUACAAAAUUUUUGCAUGGAGUAACACUUCGUAGUUCAAACACAAAACACCAUUAAGUUUGAUAGCUUUCAACACAGUUUAAAAAUUCAUGGGAUUUGCAGGAUUUUCUUUUCUUUUUCAUUUUCAGGAAUGGGGUAAAGAAAAUGUGUAUGAUUGAAUUCAGUCAAGCUAGUUCUGUGAUGUGAGUCGGUACUUUUUAUUUUGAGAAUUUCUGCUUGUUCUUACCCCAUUUUGGCAGUUCAUAUAUUUCUAUGGGCAGCUAUUGUGACUAUUCAUUAAUUCUUGAAAUCCAGAAGGUUUAUAGUCAAAUGAAAA